AUGGGUCGACAUGGAGGAUGGUUGAUCCGUAUGUCCCUGGCCUUCCUAUUUUCUGUCUGCCUGGCAUACAUUGGUCGAUUGUCAGCUUCGUGCAUAUCAAUUCCCAACAUACUACUUGCGGAACGGCAUGGCAUCAAGAUGUUUGCAAUUUUUUUCAUUUUGCCUAUGAUAUUAAUCCACCAUGCGGCGUCAAGACUUUCUGCGAGGACGGCUCAUAAAAGGCACAAAGGAAAGAAGAUACAGCGCUUCCCUAUGGCAUGGACGCUAUUCUCGAGACUAUUUUUCACGUACACAUGGCGGAUCCUUGUCCUCGGAUAUCGAAAUCGGCUUGAACUUUCUUCAUUAGAUCCACUCACAGAGAAUGUGAAAUCCUCCACACUCUCGGCUGUGUUUCAACGGGCGUCCAUAAAGAAGCGGGAAUAUAGUGCCUACGUGGAUGAAAAAGAAGCGUUUAUCCAAGCUCCAACUUCGAAUAGUCCCAAGGGGCGUCCUCCACUGUAUGCGGUGAUCUUCGCAGUAAGCCGCUGGGAACUUCUCUUGUCUGCAGUCAUUAGGCUUGCCGGGAUCGCUCUUAGCCUUGUUCCCCCCCUCACUCUGGGGUAUCUUCUGGUUUUUAUCGAAGAUGGGGAGGUCGGGUGGCAUGGAUAUGCCUACGCCUUGGAAUAUACCCUUUCACAGUUUGUUUGCGGAUUGCUCAACGCGCACGACAAGUACUUCAUGGCGCUGGGAGCCUACAAAGCGCAGUCUGCGCUCGUUUCUGCCCUUUAUAAAAAGGUCCUCCGCAUAUCAAGCAGUUCCCGUCGCAAGUACACAGCCGGUCACAUCACGAACCUGAUUUCCGUCGACGUGGAGCAAGUCGGUCAGUUUCUCCAGCUGGCCAACAGCUGCUGGAGCGUACCCCUGAAGAUUGUCGCCACCCUGGCGUUCUUGUGGCACUACCUGGGACCAUCGUGCAUGGCCACGGUGGCCACCAUGUCCAUCGGCACUCUGGCAACCACGUGCGCUGCUCACUACUGCGGCAAAUUUCAGAAACAACAAAUGGCUUUCAAGGACUUGCGGCUCCGUCUGAUGAACGAAAUUUUGAACGGAAUUAAGGUGAUCAAACUAAACGCAUGGGAACCACCAUUCAUUGAGAAAGUGAAGAAAGUGCGUACGAAGGAAUUGUCCUCUCUCAGAAAAUACUCUCUCCUGCAAUCGGCUUUUGGAUUCAUCUGGGCGAUUACACCUUUUGCGGCUCUGCUGGCAUCAUUCGGAACUUUCCUGUUGGUAAACUUAGCCAACCAACUCUCCCCGUCGCUCGCAUUUACGUGCCUUUCACUAUUCAUGCUACUGCGCCUCCCAGUGUACAUUUUACCUGAAGUCGUUUCCAGGUUCAUCAAGUGUAGCGUGUCGCUGAAAAGACUGUCUGAAUUUCUGGACGAAGCUGACCUGCAGGAAGACAUGGUCGGUGGAAUUCCGGAAGAAGGGGCAGCCGUCACCCUCAGUCAAGCAACAUUUGCCUGGUCGAAGGAGGACCUUCCGGUCCUCAAGGACGUGAAUUUGAACGUGAAAACUGGCAGCCUCGUUGCGGUGGUCGGGUCGGUGGGCUCUGGCAAAUCUUCCCUUCUUUCAGCUGUGCUAGGAGCACUGGAAAAGAUGUCUGGCUCUGUCGACGUGCAGGGCAGGAUUGCCUACGUGGCGCAGCAGUCGUGGAUACAGAAUGCGACCCUGAAGGAAAACAUCAUCUUCACAAACUCUGUUGACGAAGAUCGGUACCGGAAGGUCGUGGAAGCGUGUGCUCUCAGGCCGGAUCUGGACAUGCUUCCGGGGGGCGACAACACUCAAGUGGGAGAUAAGGGUUUCAACCUGAGCGGUGGUCAGAAACUGAGGAUCAGCCUGGCUCGUGCAGUGUUUCACGACGCCGACGUUUACCUUUUGGACGACCCUUUCAGUGCCGUUGACAUUCAUGUUGCUUCGCACCUUUUCGACCAUGUCGUCGGUCCGUCCGGCAUCUUGAAAUCAAAG